CAAGUUGGUGAAGUUCUGUGUUUCUGUUGUUCAGUGUUUUUCAGCGCCUGCUGGAUGUUUGUGUGAGGGGGGCUGGACUGUGGUAAAAAGGAUGUUUGCCCCCCCAACUCAGCCCCCGGCAUGAGCCCCUUCGUCCUCCCCUUGUUGUCAUGCACAGGCGCUCUCCGUUUGGCAGAGGACAGGCUGCAGCUCCACAGCCCAGCGUUUCAUCUUUAAAGGCCUCCAGACUUUUCCAAAGUUCCUCUGCGACUGAAAACGUUCAGGAGGGACGAGGAUGGGAACCCCCAGAUGAAGAAGCUGUUCUGGAUGUGAGGAAAUCUUUGCUGGAACUUUUUAGAUUCUCAAGUUCUGCAAAAUCUGGAUGUGAAGAAAGGAUGGAAAGGAAGCUUUGAAGCCUCAAUCUUGUCCUCCGUCGGCAGAAAACGCUGUCUGAAGAUGCUGCGCGAGGAGCUCUCAGCCCGAGAGGAGUUCACCUACAACCACGUAUCCAGUCUGGAGAGAGCGAGCGGGACGGCGGGGCGCCGCGGCGACAGGAGGUCAGACAGGGGGGAGCGGGACAGCUUCACGGUGGACGUGAGGGCCAGCGACCUGCAGCUGGCCCGGCCGGAGCCGCCGAAGCACCCCUGCUUCAGCUACAGGGCCUGGCUCUACAGCGUCCUCAUAGGGGGCAGCCUGCUCGUCACUUCAGGUUUCUCUCUGUACCUGGGAAAUGUGUUUCCUGUUGCCAUGGAUUACCUGCGCUGUGCUGCAGGCUCUGGAGUCCCUGCAGCCAUCGCUGGCUUUGCCAUCGCCAAGAACAGACAUGUUGCUGUGUCAGAUUUCCAGGUUGUCUAUGUUUCCACAUUUGCUGUGACAACCACCUGCCUGGUUUGGUUUGGUUGCAAACUGGUCUUGAACCCUUCUGCAGUGAAUAUCAACUUCAACCUGAUCUUGAUGAUUUUGCUGGAGGUGCUGACGGCCAGCACCGUCAUCCUGUCGGCGCGCUCUGCAGAGGACUGCUGCCGGCACAGGAAGAAAUACAGCCGAUCGGGGUCAGUCAAACCUGCCGUGUUCCCAAGGCGACUCCUCAAAGCUUAUUCCGUGAUUGAAGUCAUCGUAGGAAUUUCUGCUGUGUUUGGAGGCAUCAUUGCGCUCAACAUGGAUGCUUUGCUCCCCGGCCCUUACUUAUCCGUCACUUUCUUCUGGAUCCUUGUUGCUUGUUUUCCAAGCGCCAUUGCCAGCCAUGUUGUGUCAGAGUACCCCACCAACUGCCUGGUGGAAGCGUUGAUUGCCAUCAGCAGCGUGACGUCCCCACUCCUCUUUUCGGCCUCCGGCUUCCUUUCCUGCAGCGUGGUCAGCUUCGUUGAAAUGUUCCUUCAUGAUGUUCCGACCAGCAAGCAAUCCUACGACAUCCUGCUGUUGAUCCUGAUGGUGCUGCUGCUGGUGCAGGCAGUUCUGACUUCAGCCACGGUGGUGCACUGUGCCACAUACAAGGGCCGGCUCCGCGCGGCGGCUCCAGAGCGCCAGGACAGCGUGCAGAUCCAGACGCACUACAGUGAGCAGCAUCUCGCAAACGGAACGCUGCCGGAUUUUGACAAGGACAGAGCCUGGAAGGCGGUCGUGGUCCAAAUGGCUCAGUGAGCUGAAGUUUGGUCAGGACCGCCGGCUGGAAUCAUCUGGAACUGAAGCAGAAGAGAAAAAAUGUUCAGAACAAAUUUCUUGUUGUAGAUUCUGCUUUGAGCUCUUUGCUCUCAUUUAAACUUAUUUUCUUGUUUGAUUUUACUUUUGAAGAGAAUUAAUCAGAGUUUUCAUCAAUUUAAACAGAAAAAGAAGUUUAGGAUUUUUUGUAUUUUUGCUAUCUGUUGGUCUUAAAUGUUCUCAGCGCUUUAGAGUCUCUCAGAAGACUUUUAGUUUCUGCAUCAGAGUUCUGACAGAACAGAUUAUUUCCUGCAGACACACAAAAGUAAAAUAACUGUUGUUCAUGUGAAGAUUUUUGAGCAAAUACAAGCUUUUCAGUGUAUGAAAAAUGUGUAAAUAAAACUUAAAUCCUAUUGUCAUGAGGACAGGAAAACACUUGCUUGGAUUUUUGGAAUAAAAUAGCCAAUAAUUAGUAAAA